AUGACAACCAUAAAAGAUCUUGGCGUGACUUUUGAUUGUAGCUUAACUUUUCAUGCCCAUAUAUCCGCCUUGGCUAUUGACUGUUACAAACGCCUCGGAUUCGUUUUGCGCAAUGCCCGCGAAUAUCAAAAUAGAGAAGUAAUCAAACAAUUAUUUAACACGUUACUGAGGAGUAAGUUGGAAUCAGCGGCAUGUGUUUGGAAUCCUUAUGAGUCUAAGUAUGUUUUGACCAUAGAAAAAGUUCAAAAGGCCUUCUUACGUUUCCUUUAUAAAAAAAAUUACGGAUACUACCCGUUUUUAUAUCCCACACAAUUUUUGUUGGGUACCUUAGGGUAUAAUUCUGUUGCAAUUCGUCAUUCUCGCAACAUAAUUAUCAUUGCACUCAAAAUUCUAAGAGGCGUAAUAGAUGCCCCUGAACUUUACAAUAACUUAUGCAAGAUCUAUGUGCCUGACCACUACUUGCGACAUAGGCCAUCUCGUCGGCCUAGAUUAUUCGCGACGGCAUCAUCGCGCACGCUGUCGCGCGCUAAUUCCCCACUAUGUCGAAUGCACAGCGCAAUCAACGAUCUAGUCAAGGCUGCACCCGACUUUGAUAUAUUUGCGGAUAGUUGGAAUGUCCUGUUGUCAGCUUGUUUACGAUUUUGCAAAAGCAAUGAUAUACUCGUAUAA